AUGGCAGAGAUUCACGCGGCGGCUACGUUCAUCUUACACGGUACAUCGAGCACACCUACGACAGCGGCUAACCAAACUAUCACUUCGACAUCGAACACUUCGACACCGGUGCCCCCCGGGAUGAUCAAAACCGAAGACAUCUCGAUGAUCAUCGAAAGCCUGUCGAGGACGAUCGCAACACUCAUUCAGCCGACGACGCACACUACGCACAACCACGCCCCCGCACCGAGACAACAAGCUGCCGUCCACGUCCAUGAGAACAGCGGAGCGGAACAGACGUGCCAUUACUGCGGCAAUCGUGGCUGCAGGGUAGGCACCUGCGAGUUCGUGGAGAUCGACAUCCGGGACGGCAAGUGCAAGCGUAACACCAAAGGAAAGAUCGUCCUUCUGAACGGAAGUUUCUGCCCCCGCACUAUUCCUGGUCUCACAAUACGAGAUCGAAUCUACGAGUGGCAUAGAAGAAAUCUUGCAGCACCCGCCACUCCGACAAUGCUCUUUGAGAUCGAUGAUCGCUCGACUAUGCAGACCUUCACGCUCAACACCAGCAGCAGGAUCGAGGCGCUCGAGCGAGAACUCCUUCAGCUUCGGAAGCGCAGGGAGGUCUUUGACGGCGUCGAGAUUCUACAGCGGAAGAAGCCUACGACGCCAGCCAUCCCGAAGAGCGUGGAAGCCUCGGGAUCUGGUACAUCGAAGGGAGUGGCGGCACCCUCGAGCACUUCGACAAGCACGGCCCCGCCUCCGACGAUACCAGCAGCAGCACCCGCGCCAUCUUCCUCCUCGCCUACGCAAUCCACGUCUCAUCCUAUUACUAUGUCCGCUCCCCCAGCACCACCAGUACACCCCUUUGCAAACACUCGUGACGCAACCUACACCCCACCGAACGUUCGAAACUUCGCAACUCCGCCGAAGCCCUCGAACGACAAGGGCAAGGAACCAGCGUACAAGACCAUCGUCCCCGUUAUCCAGCCGAAGCUGGCCAAAGAAAUCUUCCAGCGUUUGAUGAAGUCGCAGUUCGUCACGCUGACCCCAGAAGAGUUGCUGUCGAUUGCGCCCGACGUUCGAACCAAGUACUGCGACGCCGUCACCCCUAAGCGAGUCUCGACGGAACCCGUCGCGUCGGCCCACAUUGUAGAAAUCGGCGCCGACGAGGUCACAGCCGUCAACCAGCUCUCGUGUUCAGGCGCAAUGUUGGAACCCGGUGCUACAAUCGUCCCAGACCCCUAUGAAACAUAUCUGAAGCACAUCCCUCAUGGCGAGUACCCCGCAGAAUUCACUGUCACAUGUGAUUUGAAUGCGAUUCGUUCAAUCAUCGCAUUGAUCGACAACAAAGAGCAGAUUGAAUGCAUCGUCGACCCAGGGUCGCAGAUUGUCGCCAUGUCGGAGGAGGUCUGUCUCGGCCUCAACCUCCUCUUUGAUCCUACUAUCCAGCUGAACAUGCAAUCGGCGAACGGCGAGGUGGACCGAUUGUUAGGACUCAUUCAAAAUGUUCCCUUCUGCAUCGGUGAGAUCGUAUUGUAUCUCCAGGCUCACGUCAUUCGAAACGCAGCAUACGACAUCCUCCUUGGCCGACCCUUCGACGUGCUUACGCAGAGUGUUGUCAAGAACUUUGCUGACAAGAACCAGACCAUUACAAUCCUCUGCCCGAACACCGGCAAAACCAUCACAAUUCCGACGUACACGCAAGGAAGAUCACAAAGCCAGCAGCAUCCUUUUGAGUCUCCGUUUGCUUCGACUCCGCCAUCUCCCAUUCCAACGAAGUCCAUCUCACAGUUUUCCAACUCGAUUCUUCCCUUUCCUUCGACGACAUCGACUUCUACCCCUUCAACGCACAAGAUCCUCACCGCGACAAAGAAGAAAUACAAGCCUGUUGCUCUCAAAACCAGACCCGUCCUUGGUGCCGUCCCCAAACAAUUUCGAAUACUUCGAGACAUCAAGGGCGACCCUCUAUCCAUCAUGCCUAAGCUUUCGACCGACCCCCCGCCAUUCAAACCUACCGGUCGGUACACCCUCGAAUGCUUCGAAGCAACUGAUAAGCUUCACAACAGCGACUUCCUACUUCCCGACAAACAUUGA